AUGGCUUUGUCUGCAUUUGCGUUUCCUUCUUACAUAGUCAGCAAAGGAGUUUUACCUGAUUCUUGCAAGUCAACUUCUUUGUCUUCUUCUCGAUCUUUGCCUUCAGAUCUUCCAUCGCUAUGUCCGAAACAAAACAACUGCCAUUCAAACAGAAAGGCAAAAGUGAGUGCUUCACUUACAGAGAAGGGUGAAUAUUAUUCAAACAGACCACCAACUCCAUUACUUGACACAAUCAAUUACCCAAUCCACAUGAAAAAUCUUUCCGUCAAGGAACUGAAACAACUCUCUGAUGAGCUGAGGUCAGAUGUGAUCUUCAACGUUUCAAAGACCGGUGGACAUUUGGGGUCAAGUCUUGGUGUUGUGGAGCUCACUGUGGCUCUUCACUACAUUUUCAACACUCCACAGGACAAGAUUCUUUGGGACGUUGGUCAUCAGUCUUAUCCUCACAAGAUUCUCACCGGGAGAAGAGGAAAGAUGCCGACAAUGAGGCAAACAAAUGGUCUCUCUGGUUUCACUAAACGAGGAGAGAGUGAACAUGAUUGCUUUGGCACUGGACAUAGUUCAACCACAAUAUCUGCUGGCUUAGGAAUGGCUGUAGGAAGGGAUUUGAAAGGGAAGAACAACAAUGUGGUUGCUGUGAUUGGUGAUGGUGCUAUGACUGCAGGACAAGCUUAUGAAGCCAUGAACAACGCUGGAUAUCUAGACUCCGAUAUGAUUGUCAUUCUUAAUGACAACAAGCAAGUCUCGUUACCUACUGCUACUUUGGAUGGACCAAGCCCACCUGUUGGAGCGUUGAGCAGCGCUCUUAGUCGGUUACAGUCUAACCCUGCUCUCAGAGAGUUGAGAGAAGUCGCAAAGGGUAUGACGAAGCAAAUAGGAGGGCCAAUGCACCAGUUAGCUGCAAAGGUAGAUGAGUAUGCUCGAGGAAUGAUAAGCGGGACUGGAUCGACACUGUUUGAAGAGCUCGGUCUCUACUAUAUUGGUCCUGUUGAUGGACACAACAUAGAUGAUUUGGUAGCCAUUCUUAAAGAAGUCAAGAGUGCAAGAACCACAGGACCGGUGCUUAUUCAUGUCAUAACAGAGAAAGGUCGUGGUUAUCCUUACGCAGAGAGAGCUGAUGACAAAUACCAUGGAGUUGUAAAGUUUGAUCCAGCGACUGGUAAACAGUUCAAAACUACUAACAAGACUCAGUCUCUUACAACGUAUUUUGCUGAGGCACUGGUGGCGGAAGCGGAGGUAGACAAAGAUGUGGUUGCGAUCCAUGCAGCCAUGGGAGGAGGGACAGGUUUAAACCUCUUCCAGCGUCGCUUUCCUACAAGAUGUUUUGAUGUUGGGAUCGCGGAGCAACAUGCAGUUACUUUCGCUGCCGGUUUAGCAUGUGAAGGCCUUAAGCCCUUCUGUGCAAUCUAUUCGUCUUUCAUGCAGCGUGCUUAUGACCAGGUUGUGCAUGAUGUUGAUUUGCAGAAGUUGCCGGUGAGGUUUGCGAUGGACAGAGCUGGACUUGUUGGAGCUGAUGGUCCAACACAUUGUGGAGCUUUUGAUGUGACGUUUAUGGCUUGUCUUCCUAACAUGAUAGUAAUGGCUCCAUCGGAUGAAGCAGAGCUUUUUAACAUUGUUGCAACCGCUGCUGCUAUCGAUGAUCGUCCUUCUUGCUUCCGUUACCCUAGAGGUAAUGGUAUUGGCGUCGCAUUGCCUCCUGGAAACAAAGGUGUUCCUAUUGAGAUUGGGAAAGGUAGGAUUUUGAAAGAAGGAGAGAGAGUUGCGUUGUUGGGUUAUGGCGCAGCGGUUCAGAGCUGUCUUGGAGCGGCUGCGAUGCUUGAAGAGCGCGGUUUGAACAUAACCGUGGCUGAUGCACGGUUUUGCAAGCCAUUGGACCGUGCUCUCAUUCGCAGGUUAGCUAAGUCGCAUGAGGUUCUGAUCACUGUUGAAGAAGGUUCUAUUGGAGGGUUUGGAUCGCAUGUUGUUCAGUUUCUUGCUCUUGAUGGUCUUCUUGAUGGCAAGCUCAAGUGGAGACCAAUGGUAUUGCCUGAUCGGUACAUCGACCAUGGUUCACCAGCUGAUCAAAUGGCUGAAGCUGGUCUCAUGCCGUCUCAUAUUGCAGCAACCGCACUUAACUUAAUUGGUGCACCAAGGGAAGCUCUGUAUUGA